UAUCGUUAGCAUCUUGUGAACACUUAAACAAACAAAUUGGUUUAUUAGCUGAACAUUUAAUGGUGCUAAUGUUGAUGUGAUAAAGUUUUUGCAAAACUCAAAAAAUGACAUUUACAGAAUGGUGUACAGACUCUGGUCUAACUCUGUAGGUGUCCUCAGACCAGUUUUUGUAAACUCUUCUUUUUUUUACGGGGGAUCCUGAGAGUUUAAUCUACUCAUUGGCUGAUUUCUGUGCACAUGAAGAUGAGAUCCUGCAGAUGCAGAAGAAGCUGAAGGGGACAGAGGAUGAGCUGGAUAAAUACUCAGAGGCUCUGAAGGAUGCUCAGGAGAAGCUGGAGGUGGCUGACAAGAAGGCAGCUGACGCUGAGGCUGAGGUGGCGUCCCUGAACAGACGUAUCCAGCUGGUGGAGGAGGAGUUGGACCGAGCUCAGGAGAGACUGGCCACAGCUCUGCAGAAACUGGAGGAGGCGGAAAAAGCUGCAGAUGAGAGCGAGAGAGGAAUGAAGGUGAUUGAGAAUCGGGCUCUGAAGGAUGAGGAGAAGAUGGAGCUUCAGGAGAUCCAGCUGAAAGAAGCCAAACACAUCGCAGAGGAGGCCGACCGCAAGUACGAGGAGGUGGCUCGUAAACUGGUGAUUGUAGAAGGAGAGCUGGAGCGUACAGAGGAGAGGGCGGAGCUGGCUGAGGCGAAAUGUGCAGAGCUGGAGGAGGAGCUGAAGAACGUCACCAACAACCUGAAGUCUCUGGAGGCUCAGGCAGAGAAGUACUCUCAAAAAGAAGACAAAUAUGAAGAAGAGAUCAAGAUCCUGACGGACAAACUCAAAGAGGCUGAGACUCGAGCUGAGUUUGCAGAGAGAUCUGUGGCCAAGCUGGAGAAGACCAUCGAUGACCUGGAGGAUGAGCUGUACGCACAGAAACUGAAGUACAAAGCCAUCAGCGAGGAGCUGGACCAUGCCCUCAAUGACAUGACCUCCAUCUAAACGUCCAGAAGCUCCAGGUCCUGUCAGAGAGACUGCUGGACAUCAUCUGAGCUCAGUCCGUCCCCCAUCCUUUAUACUGUCUGCUGUAUCUUUCCUUGAUCCUAUGUGUGCCCUGUGCUCUUUGUCAUAAAGUCGCUUAUUUAUCGCUCAGUGGUGUCCUCGCUCAUGUUUAUAUGUCUUAGUCCGAUUUCCCUCUGCGUUGUUCCUCUGUAUCACCUUUGUUCUGUUCCUGUGUUUAAUAAAGGAGGGAAGAAAUGCCUGACUUCAUGCAA